AACCACUCCUUUCUUCCACACAGCCAUCGAGUGCCUCCACUCUUGCUGCGGCUGCAUUUCUGCCUUCUCAACUGCUUCGUCUUUGGCCUCCGCUGUGUGGAUGUAAUCCGGCAGACUCAGCGCCCUGCCCUGAUGUCAGUCUCCAGCCAGGCAUCGAAGGAAGACCUGGAUGCGGAUGUCUCACCAUCGACAAAGGCCGGCGAAUCCGCGACUCAAGGAGCCGACCAUGAUGGUGCUUCUCCUCACGUAGUACAAGCAGCACAGGAACCCAUACCCAUCGAGCUCGCCCAAGUCAUACCCGAUCUACAGCUCCAUCCACCUGAUGAUGAGCCGGAAGAGGAGGAAAGGGCGCAGGCUGGGGCUACGUCCGACGAGGAGGGUGAUACUUCAGGUGGAGCUUGGUCGACUACUGUGACUCCAGUGGAAGAGAUCGAGGGCUUCGAUCUCCGUAUCAGAGUGGAAGAAUCGCAGGACACAGAGUUCAAAGAGCAGCCACCUCUGCGGAAUAGGCCGGCUCAUCUAUCACACAGCCGCAUCGAGUCCCUGCCUCCUCAAAGAUUCUCGGAGGUUGAUGUCGAGGACAUUGAACACCCUCAGGCAUCUUCUUCCCGGCUCUCGUCAUACCUCGUAUACAAUGGAAGGUAUUCCAGCCCCAGACCUUCCGGACUCUCCAAUGCCUCAAUGGAGGAGGACGAAGAGAUCGAUCUCGAUGCUCAGAAUCAUUACCACGCUGGCCGUGAAACCGAAGGCGUGCGAGACUUGUCUGAGACCGAAAGAGCAGGUCUCGACUUCGUCGACGUGGCUUUGGAUGCUCAGAAAGGAAUCUAUGGAAGCUCAGGAGCCUCACAUGCUAAGAGCAGAACCUCCCUCGAGAUCCGGUCUGACUUCCUCAGCAGCGAUGGAGCAAGGGGACAAGCCCCUCCCAUGAGUCGGAAUGGCAGUGGCCAAGACUUGGGCGUCUCUCCAUUGGCAGGGAGCAACGGCAACAUGAGAAUUGCUUUUUGGAAAAAGAGGAGCAGCGUCACCUCGCAGGGUGACAAGGAUGAAGGCGAAGGGCAGAUCGAUGCAGAGGCCGGUGAUGCUGAUAUCGGGACAUCGAGGAACGCGCCUACGCCUUCAAAAGAGGUCCCGGCAGGAUCCCAUGUGGACCAAGGCGACAUGGGCAGUAUGUCGCGAUCCUCUUCGUUCGGUUCGGUGACGGAACCUGGCAAGAAAGUCGCAGGCCGGUACCGAGGCCGAAUCAGCGCCUCAACCUCGCCUGCCACCUCGCCUCGCAUCGAGCGAAACCCGUCCAUAUUUGGGGGAGGCCAUGGCGAGCCUUCGAGUGGCCUUGGUAUGCCGCAGCCGAGAAAGUAUUCCGAAGGAAUGACGAUGAUGGUCGCCAAUGACGAUGGUGAGGUCGAGGUGAUUGAUCUCGGCUCGGAAGGUCCUGCAGUAUCCGAACAAAGCCAAAACAUCGAAGACCAGCCAAACGGCGCAGCUGCUGUAUCUGCAGAGGGUGGUUCGACUGCAGCUGAUCGAAGCACAGACGGAACCGAUAUGCAGAAUGCCGUGAAGCUUCAGAGGAGCGGCCGGUCAGCUGGACCGCUACUGAGUGAUGCAAGUGUCUCUCCUGAGACAACAUCUGGAGAUCGAGAGACGCAAAGCGAUACCGUUGCGACGUCUUCUUCGUCCAGAGGUGGCAGAUCAGCUGGACCGAUACUUGAGGAUGCACAAGAUUCAGAAAGCAGCCCUGCUCCAGCCACUCCUUCUACGUCAGCAACAACGAGCAAAUCCACAGGAGGACGAUCCGCCGGCCCAAUACUCAAGGAGGCUUCCACUUCACAAGCAAGCGGACACGCCCGGAAACCAUCAAGAGGGCCUUCAGCACUCGAAGCUCACAUCUCGCGGACAAGACAGACUACUCUACCUCCCAAGGCUCGCAAUGAGGAUCAGCGUCAUCUGAAAGACUUCGAGCUGAUGAUGAAAGAGAGCAAGCUGUCCGAGGCCAAGAAGGCGAAGGAGGAUGAAGCGCGCCAGCGUAAGAAGGAGGAGGAGCAGCGCGAGGCCAUCAAGGUGUGGGAGAGUGAGAUCCUGAAGGACUGGCGCGUCGCUCGGAGCUCAACGCGCCUCAGAGAGUAUUGGUGGAAAGGAUCGCCACCUGCUCUGAGGGGCAAGGCUUGGCAACUGGCGAUUGGCAAUGCUCAAAUGCUGCCAAGGAACCUGUGUCAGACGACCAAGACUAGGGUAGCCGACCUCAAAAGCAGCGGCAAAUGGCCCCCUACCAACCCUCUCUGCGACAAGGAGCAGCAUGAACAGAUAGACAUCGAGUCAGAGAUUGAGCAGGACAUCGAUCGUACGCUGCCGAGCUUGAAACUCUUCCAACGUGAAGGAGGCGUUUUGUACGAUGACCUCAAAGAAGUCCUCGAUUGCCUUGUUCUGAUUCGUGCAGGCCAAGCAGAAGAGCUGGCAAAAGAGCGCGACCGCAAGGGGGACAAAGGCGCGGAUCAUCAAAAGAGAGACAAGGCUCCCAAUGGUCUCUCACAGGCAGCCAAGGCAGCCCUUACCCCCCAACUCUACGUUUCGGGUCUUUCACUCCUUUGUGCGACGCUUCUGCUGAACUUGUCGCAGGCAGAGACACUCGUUGCGGUCUUGAAUCUCGUCGCCUCCAAGGCCUGGCUCAGAAGCAUCUACUCCGUGGACACGGAGCAUCUGAAGGAGAGCGCAGCCUUCGAGAGAGUCCUUGAUACGUUUCUGGCUGACCAAUUGCCCAAGGUGUACGCCAACAUGCAGGCGCGAGGCGUCCGACCCUCAGCAUAUGCGCGGGACUGGGUACGACUCCUUUUCGUUCCACUUCUACCCUUCGACGUCGUGUGUAGACUGUGGGACAAUAUCUUUCUCGAAGAAAGCGACUCUCUCAUCUUCCGCAUCUGCCUCGCACUGGUCACCCUCCUCUCUUCGCGGCUGUACGCGCCUGAUGCGGCUGAGCUGUCUUCGAUCUUACAGGGCAGGAAUCGAGCUGCGCUGGCUGUGUGGUAUCGAGGACUGCAAUUUGCGCCUGCCAGUGCAAAGGAUCCAGCGAGUGCUCAGGUCGUAGCCUCUCUGCCUACACCGACCUCGCCGAAGAGCGCAGCAACCCCCCUAUCGGCGAUCCUAGAGCGGUCCUCUGGCACGCCUGGCCAUUCCGCAAACAACUCAAUGUCAACAACGGAGGGCACAAGCGCUGAAGAAGAGGGCAGUGUACCACAGUCCGCCUCUUCAGUCGAAGCGCCUCCUAGUUGGGUGCCGCGCGACUGCCUGUUCACGACGUACGGCAUCAACGAAGACAACCUCUUCCGUGGACUAGAGGAGCAAGUCGGCAUAGAUGGGUGGUUCAAGGAGACGACGUUGGAGAGACUGAUCGGACGAGAGCUUGGCGGGUGAAGAGCGAGAAUACUUUGGCCCUGUAAAUAGUGCUCGUGGGCCUCGCAAUGUACACAAGCGCUCCCUGGGCAGUGAGCUCCGUCCCGAGCCGCGAAUUGGCCCGCC